AACAGAUCCGUAAUUCCCAUCAUCAGAAAGCCAACACGUAAAACAAAACAGAUGCCAACACAGCGCUACAGACCGAGGGGCCGUCGAUAACAAAAUUAGCCACCAUCCCCAAGGCGAGGAACCUCCGAAACGACGGAAAGAAAGGAAAAAGACUCACCUAGACGGCCCUAGUUAGUUGGACAGCUAGUUAGCUUCAGGAUAAGUCAGGUUUUUUGGUCGUGAUCGCUAAACCGGCUAAAAAAAGCAGCGUUCCUCAGUCACUAAAGGAUCUGUCGGUCGGUCGGUGGCGGACAUUUUUGCCAUGGCCCAGGAGACCAAUCAGAGCCCCGUUCCCAUGCUGUGCGCCACUGGCUGUGGUUUCUAUGGCAACCCCAGGACCAACGGCAUGUGCUCCGUUUGCCACAAGGAGCACCUGUCGAGACAGAACAACGGCGGCGUCAGCUCUCUGAGCCCGAUCGGCAGCAGCUCUACAUCCGAGGAAUCCGCCAUUCAGAGUUUAGAGGACACUUUGAACAACGCUGCAGCUGCCGCUGCUGCAGAGGAGGCGGCUGAGGCGGCGGCGGCUGCCUCUGACAACACAGAUCCUCUCAGUGGGAGUUCAGCUGCCGCCUCGCUGACGCAGCAGAUGACUGAAAUGAGGCUUUCAUGUCAGGAGAAACCAGCAUCAGGGAACAAACUAGACGACACAGAAGCAGUUGUGAAUCAGCCCCCCAGUUCAGUUCCUCUCCCCUCCACUGCUGGCAGUGAAGAAGUCGGACCCUCCGAACCCACCAAGCCCAAAAAGAACCGCUGCUUUAUGUGUCGCAAAAAAAUCGGCCUGACUGGUUUCGGCUGCCGCUGUGGGAAUCUGUUCUGCGGGAUCCACCGCUACUCCGACAAACACGACUGUCCGUACGACUACAAAGCCGACGCCGCUGCCAAGAUCCGUAAGGAGAACCCCAUGGUGGUGGCCGAGAAGAUCCAGAGAAUAUGAACACGCCUCGCUGUUGGACUUUUAACAGAUUUCAGAACACGGACCUGAACUCAACUUCUCUUCCUUCUUUCUCCCUCCGGUUCCGACCCGGUUCACAGUUUCUGCUAACAUAAUUUUUCUUCUUCUUCUUCUUCUCGUGAUUUCUCUGCGGCGUUUGGAGCUUUAAUGCUAGCUGAGGAGGCGGGUUAAGGUGUGGCUUCCCUUUAAAAACGUCCUGCUGAUUGCUUCCCGCUCCGGUGUGUUUUUUAUGAAAUCUGCCCGGUAACAGCGCCAACUCGGACUAACGGGCUGAAAUCUGCCCGGUAACAGCGCCAACUCGGACUAACGGGCUGAAAUCUGCCCGGUAACGGCGCCAACUCGGACUAACGGGCUGAAAUCUGCCCGGUAACAGCGCCAACUCGGACUAACGGGCUGAAAUCUGCCCGGUAACAGCGCCAACUUGGACUAACUGGCAGUCUACGCUUGCUCUCUGCUGGCUUGAGUAGCAAAAAAGAUUCGUUCAACCCUCUGGAUUUCUGCCAAGACACAAACCCACAACUCGAAUUCCUUUUGGGAGACAUUUUUGCCAACUUUUGUGCUUCACUUCCUGUCGCGUUGGGCUCUAAUGGAGUCCUCAAACCGUCCAAGACUGAUUGUUGCCGUUACCUUAGCUUCCUGGACACUAGCGCGUGUGCAGUUUGUUCGACUCGUUUUGGAAGGGGUUCACCUUUCACCUGUUGUGUUCUUUUUUCUUUAAGGAGUGACAUCAAGAAGUGAUGAAUUAACUGAUUGGUGGUUGAAAGUUUUAUGGUUUCUAUUCAUUUUGUUUUGUCUUUCUUUUGGGUCUUGCUGCUUUUUUAACCCCUCUUAGUUCUAAAAGUUUGUACAUCGUAUUUAUAUUCUGCUGUGUGUGUGUGUGUGGGUGUGUGUGUUUAAUCUUUCAUUAUUGUAUUAUGUAAAUAAAUUAUGUUCUCAAAUACACAAAAA